AUGGUUAAUUUGGAAUUUGCCAAAAGGACACCAGCAAAUAAUCCGAGGAAAGAUUUAUUUAACAAAAGUGAUGGCAAAUAUAGUUCAAUAAAAAAUAAUACAAAGAAGCUAAAGAAAGAAACCCCAAAAGGUAUAAAAAGGAAAUACAACUCCGAUAAAACCUGGUCAUGCAAAAAAUGUUUGGAUGAAUUUUCAACGCUAAGAGCGCUCAGAGCCCACCGAAAAAUACAUGUCGUUCAAGAGAGUGAAGAACACACGUACAAGUUUGAUGAACUUCAAGAUUUGUUUAUCUGCAAUACAUGUUGUGCAGAAUAUCAGGUUAAGGAAGAGAUUGAAAAACACAUAAAAACUCACGAGGAAAUAUACAACUGUAAAGUAUGCGAAGAAAAAUUUAAGACUGCCUAUAGCUAUGCUACUCAUGUCAUAAUUCAUUCCGACGAUAAGACGUUUAAGUGCCCUUCUUGUACAUAUACAACCCUUAAACGAACAGGCUUGCUUAUUCAUAUUAAUUACGUACAUUUGAAAAAGUUUUUGUAUGUUUGUAUUAAGUGUGGUAAAGGUUUUAACGAUGCAGUGCUGUUUAAGGAGCAUGAUAAUGAACACCUUGGCCUUCGCCCUUUUAUUUGUAUAGUUUGCAACAAAGAUUUCGCUUAUUCUCGCUAUUUGCACACCCACCAAGUAAGAAACCAUAAAGUAACAAUCGAAGGUGAACUUCUUCCAAACCAAUGCAGUAUCUGCCUUAAAGUAUUUAGUAAAGCAGUAACCUUAGAAAAACAUUACGUCCAGAGACAUCUAAACACCACUCCACACGAAAAGAAGCAUCUUUGUGAUUUAUGCGGAAAAGGUUUUGCCCAAAAGAACAAACUACGUGUUCACUAUCGUGUUCAUACAGGUGAUAAGCCGUACAGUUGCAGCUACUGCACCAAAGCCUUCACCAAGAAAGAUUAUUUGGUGAUGCAUGAACGGGUUCACAGUGGGGAAAAGCCUUACAGUUGUGAGUUUUGUGGAAGGUGUUUUAGCCAAGGCGCGCCAUUGAGGAUACACCUUCGUAGUCAUACCGGCGAACGGCCAUACAUUUGCCAAUUUUGUAGUUCCGGGUUCACUUCACGAGGUGCUUUGAAUAUUCAUUGCAAGAAUUGUACAGGAGUAGUUUAA